AGAGUUUGGUCCUGGUAGCAUCAAUAUGUUGCCAUGUGAGCUUAAGAACAAACAAGAAGAUACUUAAUAAAUAUGCAAUAUUUGACAUUGAUAAAGUCAUUAAAAUACAAAUGUAAUGACUUAUUGAUUCAGGGAGCGUCCCCUGAAUUUUUCUGAAUAUGCAAAAACAUUAGACCAUAGCUUUUCUAAUUCUAGCAUCUGUACACCAUCGUUCUGCAGGACAGUAUGCAGCUGGCUUUAACUAAAAGAGUAUAUCCAUAGAAAGGCUGUGAAAGGAGAGAGGAACUCUCACAGAACCCUGUUGCUAAAGUCAUGUUUACAAAGCUUUUCCUUACAGGGUGGUGGAUUCCAUGUUUUCUAUUCCACAGUAUCCACAGCAGGAGUUCGUGUAUGUACUUUCAUACUUUGGAUUUUGAACAUGUAAACGGCUUGAAACUCUGAAAAACAAAUGGCAACUGGUUUCAGGAGCUCCAUGACUUCCCUCUGACGUCUCCCUGUGACGUUUUGGCUACGGAGUCCAGAAAGCGGAGGAGGCGGCAGCGCUGCAGAGCGGAGUCCCGGUGUCUCGGAGUCCCGGCGUCUGAGCAUGAGCGCGGCCGUGCGGACGGUGCGGGCUGCGGGCGGGGGCCGCUCGGUGUGCGUGCAGUGGGAGGACGGCAGCGAGAGCAGCUACCCGAGCGUGUGGCUGCGGGACAGCUGCCAGUGCCCGCUCUGCUUCCUGCCCUCCGCCGGGGCGCGCAGGCUGCGCCUCGAGGACCUGGAUGUGGACAUCGUGGCCAAGCAGGUUGCUCUGGCAGAUAGCAAAAAGAUCUCUAUUACAUGGCCUGAUGAACACACAAGUGAAUAUGAAGCUGAGUGGUUGAAAAAACGAUGCUUCUCUGAAGAAGCCAGAGCUGAAAUGCGAGUAGAUUUAUUUUUGCCAGAACAUCAGUACUGGGGCUCAGACCUUCAACUUCCCAAAAUACCUUUUGAAGAGAUCAUGUACAAUGAUGAAAGUGCAUACAGGUGGUUGUGCACCCUAAAGAAAGUAGGAAUUGUUCUACUGACAGGAGCUGCUACAGGGCAGGGAGAAUUGAUUAGACUUGGCCACAGGAUUGGGUUUCUGCGUCUCACAUUUUAUGGACCAACUUGGCAAGUGCAAGACAAAGCAGAUGCUAACAAUGUAGCAUACACAACUGAGAGACUCUGUUUUCACACUGAUUACCCUGCUCUGCAGCAUCCACCUGGGGUUCAGUUUCUUCAUUGUAUAAAGCAAACAGCUGCAGGAGGUGAAAGUGAAGUCGUAGAUGGAUUUCAUGUAUGCAACAAGCUGAAGAAACAAAAUCCUGAGGCAUAUCAGAUCCUGUCCUCUACUGCUGUAGACUAUACUGAUGUUGGGGUGGAUUACUGUGAUUUUGCUGUGCACUGUAAACAAAGGAUUAUAGACACAGAUUCUAGAGGUCAAGCAAUUCGCAUCAAUUUUAACAAUGCAACAAGAGACACAGUGUUUGAUAUACCAGCUGAAAAAGUGAGGCCAUUUUAUGCAGCUCUAAAGGAAUUUAAUGAUUUAUUGAACAGCGCAGAACACAAGUUUACUUUCAAGAUGAAACCAGGAGACGUACUGACAUUUGAUAACUGGCGUGUGCUCCACGGUCGCCAAGGCUACCCAUCCUGUCCAGAAGUGACACGUCACCUGGAAGGUGCCUAUGCAGACUGGGAUGUAGUAUUGUCAAGGCUCCAGCUCCUUAGGAAAAGGGUCCUGAAGAGGGAUUGAGCUUUCUCCUAACUAGAAUGAGCAAAACGUAGAUUAUCUAACCUCAAUCACAACAGCAAUAUUUAAAAAAAUGAGUCUUCUUUUCAGAAACUGACAUCAUUUUUGACAAGGGCUUGUCAUAGAACCUAGGUAAUGGCUUUAAACUGACAGAAGGGAAGUUUUGGUUAGAUAUGAGGGAGACAUUCUUUACAGUGAGGGUGCUGAGGCACUGCAGCAGGUUGCUUGGAGAAACUAUGGCUGCCCAGUCCCUGGAAGUGUUCAAGGCCAGGCUGGGUGGGGCUUGCAGCAACCUGGGAUAGUGAAAAGUAUCCUUGCUUAGUGAAUGGAAUGAGAUGGUCUUUAAGGUCCCUUUCAACCCACACCAUUCUAUGAGUCUGUCAUGAAUAUAUUUUUGGUUUCUAUAAGCUGAGAAACAUUUUGUUCAUAUCAUUAUGUUCAUAUAAAUUUUGUUCAAAAUUUAAGAUUCAUCUGUGCCCUCGUCUUUGAAUCUAGGAAAUACAUUCCUAUGUCUCUAAGUUUAUGUGCUUUUAUAAAAGCAGUGUGCAAAGUGGCUUGAAAGAUUAUCAAUUCACUGGACUGACUGCAGAUCACAAUGCCUUCCUUUGUUUCUACAUAUCUAACUGCCCUCCUAAAAAGGCUUGAAAGGUAAAAGGAAAAUAGUAUCAUUAACUAAAUUUUGUUAUGAACAGGCACCUUUCUUUAUUUUCCGGCUUGCAUUCUUUAUUGCAUAGAUCAUAACUAAAAUUCACUAUCAAAAAAAAAACAAAACAAAAGACUGCCAUGAUGCCAUUUUUAAAUACAGACCUUUCUAGGUAGGACUCUGCUGUAAUACAUGAUGUCAUUGAACAGAGGCUAUAUUCUCUAUAUCCCCCUCUACAUCUUUUCAUUAUCACAGCCACAAAUAAUUUUUCUUACAUGCCCAAGUCCAUAAGCUCAGAAAUCAUAAACCCAUCAAAGAAUGCAUCAUAUUAAUGUUCCUCUGCAUUAGGAAGAUAAAUCACUCUCAGUGUAGAGGUCACAGACAGGAUCAGAAAUCCUAUCAGAAAUCCUAAUGUAGAGGCCUCGUACAGACCUAAGGUCUCUACAGCAGUUUUUUGAGUAAAGUCAAAAGGAGGAAUGCUGAUGGUGCUUGGUGGCUAGAAAUUACAAAGCAGAAGUGGCUAUUGACUUUUCAUGUGACAGAAAUUUGGCAACUAAACCCAAGUCUUUAGGAAUUUUUCCUCUACUCAACUGUGAUUUUUAUUCAGAAUCCAAUCUAGAAAUGACUGCAGCCAAAGUAGUGGAGUUCUUCCCUACAUUCAAAUGUCAAAUGGAAAAAGAAAGAAUUUUAAAGUACUUGGUUUCAUACUCAACAACAUGUCCACUGAGUUUAUUUUUCACUGUUCUUAUAGCUGCAGAGUUAACAGGAUGCCCUCUCACCAUGCUGAGAGCUGGACAAAAUAGCUACUCUUCCACCCCCAGAUCCUUCUGUUCAACUCUGUAUUUUCAAGCUGUCCCUUCCAAGUCAAAUAAAUCCUAGUCUCUUUUUGGAAGGGUAACACAAUAGAACCACAACUACAGAAUUAAAUAACCAAAGAAUUAAAAUAAGGCCAGGUUAGAUGGAGCUUUGAGCAACCUGAUUUAGUGGACGGUUGUGGGGGGAUAGAAUGUAAGAAAAUAAAGAUAGUGCAAAAGGUAAUCUCGCCUCUGAGGAUUGCAGUUGUACUAAUUACCAAAGAUUAGGAACAAGCCUGCCCUUAACAGGCCACAGCUGUGUCCAGUGAGGAUGAGUGCUAUAAAAGAGUGGGUUAGGUAGUUGAGAAAAGAGUUGGAGUUUGUUGGCUGUGCUGUGAGGAGCUGCCCAUGAGAGACCACCAAGAAGGUAUGGAACUUCUGCAAUAUGAUGACAACAGACAGUUUCCCUGCCAAUGGAACCGGAUGGUUUUUAAGGUCCCUUCCAACCCAGUCCACUCUAUUAUUCCGUGACCUAAAAUCAGCUUGCAAACACUUCCAUAGCUCCUGCUCAUCAUUUAAGAACAGAUAUCAGCUGAAUAAUCAGAUAAAACUCAAUUAGGCCUUUUUGUCAUAGGGCUGUUUGAAUGUAGUCCUCUUUAUUAAAUAGCGAAAUGUUUUUGUCAAAGUUAUGACCUCAUUAAAUAGUCUAACAAAAUUGGGGUUUAGGGGUAAUUAAAUCUCUCGGUGCCUUAUUUAAUAAUUAAUUCUGAAAACAUGAGGAAAAAUUUUUCUUUUUGUUUUUGCAAUAAAAGAGGGAAAAGCUGAGGAAAGAUUAAUACCUACAUUCUUAAUGCUCUGCAAUAACUGUGUUAUUUUCCAUAUAAAAAUGGAGUGAAUGUUGCAAUUUAUAAUUGUUAAGACAUCUUGUGCUUUAUAUUAGUCGUUAAUAGGGAAGAGAUAUUUUCCACUUGUAUUCUAUACUUUUCUGCACACUUUAAUUUGAUUUUCUUUUUAUUAAAAGCUUUUAUGAAACUUA